CACCACUGCACAUUUAAGCCCGUAAUGUCAAACGAGCCUCACUUUUGUUGAUACCAGAAUAAGUUGUGAAGCAGUCGCUUAUGGGCAUUCGAAGAUGAUACGAUCGAAGUUGAUACAUUUAGUAGUACUUGUGGUAACGUGUAAUUCGUUAGUUACAUCCGUCCGUGUUUUGGACCGUUUCAAGGCUCGCGUUGAUCAGAGGGUUGUUCGCCGGCAACGGUUGCGUGAUUUGCGUGAGUUAGCUACGAAUGAUUUCACACCCACGUUCAGGUUGCAGGACACCGAUGGCAAUGCACUCCAGAGCGGAAACAAUGUCACCAGCACAAAUCAAAUCCAAAACGAAGGAGACCAACCGAGUGAGGACCAUACCGAAAUGGACAUAAGUGAAAGUGAUCUUGCGGAGGCUGCCCUGGGCAAGGAGCGAACGCCUUUUAUAAACUCGAUCUUUGAGCAGCAUGUGAUCUUUCGGAUUUAUCAUGGAAACAACCUAACUAAAACCACCACUGUACGCAGCACACCACUGCUAGCGGAUACCGAAUGUUCUACCACGGAAAAAUUCGCCAUUAUUGUGCAUGGAUGGCACGAGAACUGCUACGAAACCUUUUGGGUCAAAGAUUUGGAGAAAAACUUAUACAUUUACCGAGGAGGAUGCGUCAUCUGUAUGGACUAUUCCACAUUUUCGAGCGGCGCCUACACCUACUUGUUCAGGAGGUUCGAUGAAAUCAGUUCAGUGCUGUUGAAAUUUGUGCGCAUAUUGCAAUACGAAGGAAUGCUAUUUGACAAAUUGUUCAUGUUUGGCUUCAGCUUCGGAGGCCAACUGGUGCUGGACGUCGGCAAUCAGGUGGGAUUCAAUGCGAUCGAAGCUAUCGAUACUUGCGAUAUGGCGGGGGUGGGAUUCGACCAGGAUCGAUUCUUCAAGGGAAUACAUUUCCGGAAUGCAGCCAAGAAUGUGCAGUGCAUCCACACUAGUAUCGAUAAGGGGACAAAGUUGAUGAACAAAUGCCACCAGGAUUGGCGGAUGGGUCAGUGUGGGUUUAGACAACCCGCUGCGGGAAAUCCGCCCUUGGGAUCACAUGGCUUGUGUCCAGUAUUCUAUAAUUUAGCUUUCGAGAAGAACUUCUACGCUGAAUCAAAACCACUGGAUUGCAUCAUGUUACGGGAUCCUAGUGCAGAAUAUCCAAGCAAAUUUAAGAUGGGAUAUGCGGAGAAACGGAAAGAGCAAGUUAGAGGAGAGCUGUACGCUCAAACGUCGAAUCAAUUUCCAUACACAGUGUUCAAUGGAUCUUAG